AUGAGCGAAUUCGUCAAUCCAUCCAGUGGUCGAUAUGGUUCCGAGUUGAUCCUGUCCCGAAUUUUGGGCCAAACUUGGGGUGAUAUUUGUACUCAAAUUUUACAUUACAUCACCAGGGAAAAGAUUGAAAUGCAGCAUUCAGAAGUAUACAGGCAAAUCUCCGCACUGGAAGAUGACUUGGCACAGACAAAAGCUAUUAAAGAUCAACUUCAGAAAUACAUUCGAGAACUAGAGCAAGCAAAUGAUGACUUGGAAAGAGCAAAAAGAGCCACUAUAAUGUCACUGGAGGAUUUUGAACAGCGUUUAAACCAGGCUAUUGAAAGAAAUGCUUUUCUGGAGAGUGAGCUGGAUGAGAAAGAAAACCUUCUGGAGUCUGUGCAGCGCCUGAAAGAUGAAGCUAGAGAUCUACGACAAGAGCUUGCAGUGCAGCAGAAACAGGAGAAACCCAAAACACCCGUGCGAACUACCCUGGAAACAGAAAGAACAGACACUGCAGUUCAAGCGUCCUUAUCUGUGCCUUCAACUCCCUCGGUGCACCGAGCACCCAACAUCAACAUACCCACCCCUGCGACGUUUAGGAGAGGUCUUGAGGACAGUUACAGUGCAACCCCUCUCACACCUGCUGCAAGAAUAUCUGCACUUAACAUCGUGGGAGACUUGCUGCGAAAAGUGGGGGCUUUGGAGUCCAAACUCGCAUCUUGCCGAAACUUUGUGUAUGACCAGUCUCCAAACAGAACCACGGUGUCCAUGUACAUGAACAGAGAUGUCCUUGAAACACGUCUGAGUCCUCAUCAGCCUCUGUGUGAUACGGGGUUAGUGAAACGCCUGGAGUUUGGAACACGGCCUUCAAAUAUUCCAGGACCAAUGAGCCAUCCCUCGCAAAGUGUUGUCAAGAUGCUGCUAUGA